CUGAAUGGUCGUUUGCUAAACCGUUAGGAGGAGGAAGCGACAAAGACAAUCAAUCCCUCCAACUCCAUCUGCAACUGCAAGUAUCAGCAAAAAUCUUCAUCGAUUGAAAAUUUAUCGAACUUCAUAGCAAAAGAAAGUUCAAAUUAAUGCUUGUUCCUGCAAAUUCAUGCCAUUUAUGGCCCUCAACACCGCCGACCCUUCUUCUCCUCCGCCAUUGCGAGACUCAGAACGACGUGAAUCAAGUCCACGCCAGAAUCAUCAAAACCGGCUACUUAAAAAAUUCGUCACUCACAACAAAAAUCAUUCUCAAUUCCAUUUCUUCCCCCCACAAACCGCUCGUGGAAUUCGCUCGUUACGUCUUCUUCACUCGCUAUGCUGUUCAAAGAAUUCGUCGGAGUCACCUCGAUGACGAUCCGUUUCUCUGGAAUGCUGUGAUUAAAUCGUAUUCGCAUGGGAAUGACCCUGUUCGAGCUCUGGUAUUGUUUUGUAUGAUGCUUGAGAAUGGAUUUUGUGUUGAUAAGUUUUCGUUUUCUUUGAUUCUGAAAGCAUGUGCUCGUGUGUGUUUGGUGGAGGAAGGGAAACAGAUUCAUGGGUUGUUGAUGAAGUUAGAAAUUGGGUCGAAUUUGUUUCUGCUUAAUUGUUUGAUUGCUAUGUAUUUACGAUGUGGGGAUAUUGAGUUUGCACGGCAGGUGUUCGACACAAUGCCAGUACAGGAUUCUGUUUCGUAUAAUUCGAUGAUUGAUGGUUAUGUGAAAUCUGGGACGAUUGAUUUGGCUCGUGAAUUGUUUGAUUCCAUGCCACUAGGAGAUAAGAAUUUAAUCUCUUGGAACUCAAUGCUUGGUGGGUUUGCACAAACAAAAGAUGGUAUAGGUUUAGCAUUGGAACUGUUUGAGAAAAUGCCUGAGAGAGAUUUGGUUUCUUGGAACACCAUAAUUGGCGGUUUUGCCAAAUGUGGGCGCAUAGAAUUUGCUCAUAGUUUGUUCAAUAGGAUGCCGAAAAGAGAUGUCAUUAGUUGGUCCAAUAUGAUCGAUGGUUAUGCAAAAUUGGGCGACAUUAAGGUUGCAAGGACCCUGUUUGAUGAAAUGCCUGACAAAGAUGUGGUUGCUUUUAAUACCAUGAUGGCCGGCUAUGCUCAGAAUGGUUAUUACACAGAAGCAUUAGAAAUCUUUCAUAAGAUGCAAAGACAAAGCAACUUAUCUCCCGAUGAAACAACGCUAGUGGUCGCGCUUUCAGCCAUUUCUCAGUUAGGACACAUUGAGAAGGCUGCAAGUAUGCAUAACUAUUUUGUAGAAAAUGGCAUUUCUGUGACGGGAAAGGUUGCUGUUGCCCUUAUUGACAUGUAUUCUAAAUGUGGCAGCAUUGAAAACGCCAAAUUGAUAUUUGAUGGUGUUGAUCAAAAGGGUAUCGACCAUUGGAAUGCUAUGAUUAGUGGAAUGGCGAGAAACGGUUUGGGAAAAUUGGCUUUUGAGAUGCUUGUGGAGAUGCAUAGGCUUCCGGUGAAACCAGACGGCAUCACUUUCAUCGGCGUGCUGAAUGCUUGUGCACAUGCUGGACUGGUUAAAGAAGGGUUGAUUUGUUUUGAGUUGAUGAGAAAAGUUCACAAGUUAGAGCCAAAGCUACAACAUUAUGGAUGCAUGGUUGACAUCCUUGGCAAAGCAGGACUAGUUGAAGGAGCAUUGAAAUUCAUAGAGGAGAUGCCCAUUGAGCCAAAUGAUAUAAUAUGGCGGACUUUGCUUAGUGCUUGCCAAAACCAUGAAAAUUUUGCCAUUGGAGAACUCAUUGCCAAGCAUCUUAUGAGGAUGGAUUCAUGUAACUCAAGUUCAUAUGUUCUUCUUUCGAAUAUUUACUCACGUCUCGGCCUGUGGAGCGCUGCAAGCAAGGUACGAAUGACGAUGAAAAAGAAAAAUUUAACUAAAGUUCCAGGAUGCAGUUGGAUUGAACUUGAGGGAGUUGUUCAUGAGUUCUUGGUUCGGGAUAAAUCUCAUCCCUAUGUCUCUGAAAUAUAUUCUGUGUUAGAUGGUUUUGGAACAUCAAAUCUGCAAGUUAUUGAUUGUAAAUGUUAAUGUAAAUUACCACUGCACAUAUGUAAAAAUGUACAAAAGAUUCUCAACAGACGAAUUCCGUUAAAUUUAUGAUUAAUUAGCUAA